AUCAUCAGUUAGACCACAUGGUAUACAUAAUUCAAGUUGUAGAAAUAGUGUGAAUUUUAAGUAUGUAAAAUAAAAAAAAAAUUAUAAAAAGACGCAUGCGCUUGAAUUGAGACAAGUAUUGCGCUUGUCGUGCUAAAUAAAAUCACAUUUAAUUUAUAAUAAUGAAACUGUUACAUGGUGGGGCAUCUACCUCGGGUGUGGUUUUUCAUUUUUGUCACUAGUCACUAGCCAAGAUAACGUCCACCACCACCACCACCAACACUACCAACACUACCACCAUCAUCAUCAACAUCACCACACACGGAGCAAUCCAACACCUCCAACAACCUCAACAUUCAUUCAUCUAAAUUUUCUUUAAUUUUAAUUUGUUUAAAUUAUUUAUCAUCAUCAACAUCAUCAUCAUCAUCAUCAUCAUCUUCUUCCAUAUAUUAAUUUGAAAUUUACUUUUCAAUUAAUUAACAAGUAGCUAUUAAAAUGUGGACAAGUGUUUAUAGUUUUAACAAUUGGAGCAAGCAGAUUUGCUGAGACUAUGUCAAUAAUCUUCCAGAAUAAUGUGAAAAGAUAAAAAAAAAAAAAAAAUAUAACAAUAAAAAACAGGGUUAAAAUGUUAUUAAAUAUUAAAAAUAUAUAAAUUAUUGGAGUAAAAAUUGCCAUGCAUAAUCGAUUGGAUGCAAAGUUAAUUUUAUUAUAUACACUUUUAGUUUUACAAGUAUUUAUUGUCAUGAUUUAUGUUGCAACAACACCACCAUCACAAUUUAUAAAAAAACCAACAAAAAAUUCCGUUAGUUUUGUUGAAUUAAAUACACUAAAAAAUGAGAUAAUGAUUAAAAAUUUGGCCAAUAAAACAAUCCAGCCACAGUAUAAAAAAAUAACAGAUAAAAUAAAAUUAAAUGACAUAAAAACAUUGAAUUUUUUUAAGAUCUACAAUGGUACAAGAUGUUGGCACGAAGGAAUUGAUGAAAGUACGAUUAAAACAGAUAAUGAUAUAAAUAAAUAUAGUGAUAAUAAAUGCACAUGUAAACAAGGAUGGCAUGGUAAUGAUUGUGGUCAACCAGAAGUUGUAUGGCGUGGUAUAAUGUCAUCAAAAAAAAAUUUAAAAUUAAAACAACGUAAUAAAUUACGUAGAAUAAUUUAUAAUUUUAAUAUUAAUAAUUACAAUACUGAUAUUAUUGAAUCAAUUAUUGAUGAACUAUAUCAUGUUGUUGAUUUAUUUGUAAUAUGUGAUUAUAGUAAUGAAAAUAAUGAUGAUGAUAAUUAUCGUCAUAAACUUGAUAAAGGUUUAUUGAUAAAUAAACAAAAUAAAAUAUUAUAUAUUAGUUUAACUAAAAAAAUUAUAAAUAAACCAACAAGGCUUAUUGAUAAAUAUAUAUGGAGUAAAAUAUUUAGUGUUAUUAAAAAUUUAAAUGACGAUGAUAUUUAUAUUACAAGUGAACCAGAAGAAAUUAUAAAUUGGCGUGCAUUAAUGUUUCUAAAAAUUUAUGAUGGUUGGCCAGAACCAAUUGCAUUUCGUUUACGUUAUUCGGUAUUUGGAUUUUUUUGGAUACAUCCAAAUAAAACUAAAAUAAACAUUGGUGCCUGUACAAUAUCAAUGGUAAAUAAUCAUUUAAACAACAAUAAAAUAUUACCACAAAAUGAAUUUAAUGAAAGAGAUAAAUAUAAUUUAAUUAUUGGUGAUUUAAAUCAUUAUGGAGGAUGGUAUUGUCAAUAUUGUCAAUCACCAGCUAAUAUACUAUUAUCAUUAAAAAAAAUUAAUAAUAAUUAUUUAAAAAAUAAUCAAAAAUAUAAUAGAAAUAAUAUUGAUGUAUUAUUUAUUGAAGAUUUAAUUGGUACUGGUUUAUUAUUUGAUGGUAAAACAAUGCUUAAAAGAGCAUAUAAAUCACGUGAUAAUUAUUAUGCUCCAGAAUCAUUGUUAAAUAAUAAUUAUAAAUAUGAUUGGUUGGUGGAAAAUUUUUAUGCUAAGCUUGAUUAUUAUUAAAGCUUUUAGUGACUGUGAUAUUUAUCUCGUAAAAAAAAAACGAAACAAUUAUACUUGAAAAAUGUUUUUUAAUAAUAAUUUUUAAUUUUGUUUUUUAAAUUUUUAAUUGUACUGAAAGUAGAAAUGAUGAUGAUGAUGAUGAUGAUAUUUUUUUUUUUGAAUUAUUAUACUAUUGUUGAUUUAAAAUUAAAUAAAAUAAAAAUGAAAAAUAAAAACUUACCGAUUGUAUUUGAAGAGUGCCAAUGAUGUUGCAAUGUAUGGAAUGAUAAAAUAUAGAGAAAAUUGAUGAGCCU